AUGUCAUCCCAGAAAACCAGAGAUCUCCAAUGGACUCUGCAGGCAAUAAGGUCAGGAAAGACCAACCUACAAAAUAUUUCCUUUUUUCACACACAAUCCACAUCAGGCUCCUUCCAAGAGUCGGACAAUUCUUCAAGCAUCAGCUUUUCUGCAAACAACGACGACGACAAUGACGGAAUUAAUUAUUUCAACCAGCUUUUGGCUGUCCUGGCAGCAGCAGCACGGGAAACAAACCAUACAACCCCAAUGAACCUGUCAUUUCACAGUGUAGACUGGAAGCCUGGGCCGCUCCAAAAUCUCCGUUGCUUGUUGCUAGGUAAAAAUAAUUCAAACAUCAGGCAGCUAGAGUUCCAGAGGAACAUGUUUGGUGCAUCAGGACUAUCUGAGCUAUCAGAAAUGAUUGGCAGAAAUAACAUCCUCGAAGUAGUCAUAUUCUCAGAGUGCCAGAUUGGCUUCCUUGGAGCUAAGUUGCUAGCCUCUGCGUUAACAAAGAAUGAAACACUGGAAGAGCUGCAGGUAUGGGAGGACUCCAUCAGCUCAAAGGGGGCCGAAGAGCUUUCGAGAAUGAUAGAGGUGAACUCCACGCUGAAACUGCUGACGGUUGUAGACAACAAUUCUAUCACUGCAACCCCACUCAUCUCAGCUGUCUUGGCCAGAAACAGGGCUAUGGAAGUUCAUAUAUGGAGCAGGAGCAACAAUGGCAACAGGAGUUCCAAAGUAGUCGAGUUCACACCUGAAACUAACACCCUACGAGUAUAUGAUGUUGAUCAUUCAGGUUCGCAGAGGAUAGCUUGUGCUCUGGGAUUGAAUGCAACAGUGAGGACCCUGGAUAUGACUGGAAUCAGGCUUAAAUCAAAAUGGGCUAGAGAGUUCAGAUGUGUUUUGGAGCAAAACAGGACCCUCAAGGAGGUCGUCUUAUCAAGAACUUGCCUCAAAGAUAAGGCCAUCGUAUACAUAGCUGCCGGGUUUUUCAAAAAUCGCUUCUUGUCCAAACUUCAUUUGGAUGGAAACUGGUUCACAGGAAUUGGUGUGGAACAUCUGUUAUGCCCUUUGAGCAGAUUCUCCCCGUUUCAAACACAAGCAAACACCACCCUCACUUGGCUCUCUUUCGGAGGGGUAAAGACCAAGAUUGGUAGAGGAGGUGUCAUAGCUAUCUUGAAGAUGCUGGAAACAAAUCAAACAGUUACUCAUUUCAGCAUCUAUAACGAUACCAGCUUGAAACCGGAAGAUGCUGUGAAAAUCUUCAGGAGCCUGGAAAGAAAUGCCACUUUGAGGUGCCUGUCAUUCAGAUGCUGCAGAGGGAUUCAAGGCGAGAUGGUGCUGCAAAGCGUGAUGGACACCUUGCAAGUUAAUCCAUGGAUUGAGGAGAUUGAUCUCACUGGAACACCAUUGCACGAUGCAGGGAAAGCAGAUCGGAUUUAUGAGAAGCUUGGCCAGAACUCCAGUCUGGUUCCAGAGAAAGACCUGCUCAAUGAUUUGCAACUCACAACACCAACCUUUUGCAGAGUCUUCUUUUGUGGGCAAGAAUUUGCAGGUAAAAACUCUCUCUGCAACUCCAUAUUGCAUAAUCUCGACUCUUCGAGGUUAACUUACACAGAUGCAUUGAGAACUUUGGUGAAUCCAGUUGAGCAGAUUGUAAGAUCUUCAGAUAUCAAAAUAAAGACUUCCCAGGAUGGUGACAUCAAAAUUUCAAUCUGGAAUCUUGCUGGCCAACAUGAGAACUUUGCAUUGCACGAUCUCAUGUUUCCGGGCCAUGGAAGCCCCUCGUUUUUUCUUAUAGUAUCCAGCAUGUUUAGAAAACCUGCAAACAGAGAGCCCAAAACCCCAGAAGAGGUUGAAGCCGAUCUCCUUUACUGGUUAAGAUUCAUAGUCUCAAACUCGAGAAGAGCAGAUACGAGAUCCAAGCUACCACAUAUAACCAUAGUUCUCACCCACUAUGAUAAGGUGUCCCAGCAGCAGUCAGGGCAUUUGCAAACAAUUGCUAGUUCUGUUCAGAGACUCAGGGAGAGAUUCCAAGAUUCCACGGAUUUCUAUCCAACAGUAUUCACUGUAGACGCAAGAUCAUCUGUUUCCGUAAGCAAACUCACGCAUCACCUUAGAAUGACCAGCCGGACAGUAGUGCAAAAAGCUCCACAAGUUUACCAACUGUGCAAUGACUUGAUAAAACUAAUAGCAGAAUGGAGGUCACAAAACUUCAACAGACCAGUCAUGAGAUGGAGCCAGUUUUGUGAGUUGUGCCAGCUUAACAUCCCAGCCUUGAGAAUCCGAUCAAGGCGUGAUAAUAUGGGGUCGGUGGACAUGCGAAGACGAGCUGUGGCAACUUCUUUGCAACAUGUUGGUGAGGUCAUUUUCUUUGAGGAGCUUGGAUUUCUGAUUUUGGACUGUGGCUGGUUCUGUGGUGAAGUACUUGGCCAAUUGGCAAAGUUAAAUGCUACCAAGAACAGUACAACAGAAGGCAAUGGGUUCAUAAGCAAGAAAGAACUGGAGAAGAUAUUAAGAGGGCGACUGCAGAAUCAAAUUCCUGGGAUGGGCUCCAAAGUAUUUGACAAUUUGGAGGCUGGUGAUCUCAUUAAGAUGAUGCUCCAACUAGAACUGUGCUAUGAGCAAGAUCCGGGCAAUCCAAAUACCAUGCUACUGAUCCCAGGCCUUCUUGAAGAAGGGAGAGGGAAGUCUCAGAAAUGGCAACUGAACACACCUGAAUGUGUUUAUGUAGGAAGGCGUUUGGAAUUUGACAACUCAAGGCAAAUGUUUCUGACGGCAGGCUUCUUUCCAAGACUACAGGUGCAUCUCCACAACAAAAUUUUCAGAUUAAAGAACCAGCAAGGCGCAAUCUACAGCUUAGAGAAAAACCUAAUAUUAAUAGAGAUUAACGGAAUCCACGUGAGGGUAGAGCUUGGAGAGCAACUCAGCUACUACUACAUAGACAUUCUGGGUUGCUCUGCUAAGACUCAGAACAUCAAUGAAAUGUUGAGGCUCUUUCACCAACUCAUAAUACCCACAAUCCAUAGUCUGUGCCCAGGCAUCACAGUAACUGAGAGCAUUCUUAGACCAGAUUGUGUCAAAUACCUUCUACCAUCCAGCUUAAGGAGAACACAGUGCGUCCCUCUGCAGCGACUAAAACAGGCACUGCUCUCCAUGCCCGCAGAUAGCAUGUACGACUAUCAGCAUACCUGGGUCUCACUAAUGGAUGGAACCAGAACCAUUUUACGAUCAGGAUUUGAUUAUGCCCGGAAUCUUCUUUCGGAUGAAGACUUUCGAGAGGUGCUGCAUCGGCGGUAUUAUGACCUGCACCAUCUUGCUAGAGAAGUGGCAGUACCACUGGCACCAUCUGAGAACCAGGAGGCGCCCACAGCAGCUGCUGAUCACAUGGUUGAGCCCUCUCUUUCAGGCAUUGCCCAGGGUGUAGAAACUAUUUUACAGAGAUUGAAGAUUAUAGAGCAGGGUAUCAAGGAUCUGAAGCAGGAAAUACAAGGGCUCAGGUACUAUGAGCAUCGCCUUGUGAUUGAGCUUCACAGGAAGUUGGACUACUUGGUGAACUACAACAUCCAGCUGGAAGAGAGAAAGGUGCCUCAGUUUUUCUAUUUCGUCCAGGUACAGAAUUAUACCAAGAGGCUAGUGACAAAAUUGUUUUCUGGCAUGACAGCUCUGCGGCUGCACAUGCUGUGUGAAUACCGGAGAGAAAUGCAUGUGGUGGAUGACCAAAUGGGUUGUGAACUGAUGCAAGUAGACAAUCAGGCACUCAAGUGCUUGCUCCCUUACAUGAGCAAAUUUAUGAAACUGUUAACAUUUGCUCUGAAGAUUGGGGUACAUUUAGCCGCCGGCAUGGGAGAGAUGAUACCUGAUUUGAGCAGGGAAGUAGCUCAUCUAAUUGAUUCAUCCUUCCUUUAUGGAACAGCAGCCAUAGCCGCAGGGGCUGUGGGAGGAGCUGCAGCACUUGGAAGGGCAAGAGGAACCCAAAGCAGAGGUUCGCUGAACCCAGAGAGUUCAAUAAACAGCAGGAAUAUUUCUCAGGACAUCAAAGCUGCUCAGCAGUGGCUCGUGGAUUUCCUGAAAGAUCAAAAGAUUGCUACUGGGAAAGACAUAGCACAGAGGUUUGGGUUGUGGAGGGUGAGAUACACUGAUACUGGACAUAUUGCCUGGAUAUGUCGGCGACAUAAAGAAGCCAGAGGAAUACAAGUCGUUGAAGUGCCUAUCUGAGCUCCACUUUCAGAAUGAUUUGCUAGCAACUGGAGCAGGCUGAUUAAGAAGGCUUGUCCAAAUGACCAAACCUAAACCUCUCUGAGUACCUACUAUAACAGAAGUGUCUCUCAUCAACUGGUCUGUUUCCAUACAAACAG